AUGGAGGCACUCGACUUUGACUGGCCUCCGCCUUACGUCCCUGCGCCUCCACCCGCGCCGCCCCGGCCGGUGGUUCACCAGGUGGGUGCCGCGGGAGGGGGAGAACGCGCCCCCGUUCAAGCGCCUCCGCCCGCGGUGCCGGCCCCAGUAUUGGGCACGCCGCCGGCGGCAGGGGUGAGGCAGCAUCAUAUGGUCACAAGGUCCCAGGUGCCGGCGGCCUCGGGUUCGACACCAUGGCAAGGGGAGUUUCCGUGGUGGAGCCCUGCCUUGGCAGAGAUCCUUGAGAGGAGAAUGGGAGCCAGGAGAGGCUCUUUCCCGGGUUGCUCCGCUUCUCCCGCCGUCGCCAGUUUGCCACCUCCCGGUUCUCCCCUUGAACAAAUUGUGUGCGACCCCGGCAGUGCAGUUCGGGUUAAGACCCAGGCGGCUGAAGACGAGGAAGGUGCCCCAACAGGGAGCAUGGCGGCCCUGCCCGGCCCUAGCGCCUCCCCAAGCACCCCGGCGGCCCAGGUUAUGCCGCUGCGGCAGGUCCAGACACCUCAGUUUUUGGGACCAGGCAACCAGGUGCAGGGAGGUCAGAGCCGCUAUCUUUACACUCCCUUCUCUUCUGCCGACCUUUUAAAUUGGAAAACUCAUACGGCCUCCUACACUGAGAAGCCAGAAGCUCUUACAAAUCUUCUGACUAGCAUAAUGGGGACUCAUAGCCCAACGUUCUUGGACUGCCAGCAACUUUUCUUGACUCUUUUCACGACUGAAGAGCGUCAGCGAAUUUUUAGAGCAGCCAAAAAGAAGGCUGAGGAAGCCACCCCGGCUGGGGAGGCUAACCCUGCCCAAUGGUUGACCGACAGUUUCCCAGAUACUGACCCUGGUUGGGAUGCAAAUAACACAGAACACAUGAGGCUCUUAAGAGCUUAUAGAGGUUACCUCAUAGCUGGAAUGCAGGAGGCAGCUAAAAAGGCCACCAACAUGAGUAAAAUCGGUGAGGUCUUACAGAAGCCAGACGAGGCCCCCGGAGCCUUCCUUGAGCGAUUGUAUGAGGCUUACCGCUUGUAUUCGCCCUUUGACCCCGAAGCAGCUGAGAAUCAGCGGAUGGUAAACUGUGCGUUUGUAAGCCAGGCCGCGUCAGACAUAAAGCGAAAGCUGCAAAAGCAGGAAGGAUUUGCUGGCAUGAAUAUUACUCAGUUGCUAGAAAUUGCCCAAAAGGUGUUUGUGAAUCGGGAGCAGGAAGUUAAAAAGGCAGAAGACAAAAAGAUGAAAAUGAAGGCUGCCCUGCUCGCCGCGGCCAUAGGAGAGCGAAAUAGGAAUCAAAACAAUGGGAGAGCUCGAGCCAUGCCCCAGAAGGGACCCCAAGGGACAGGAGUUGACAGACCGGGUUCCCUAUCACUUGGCCCCGGGGAGCCCAUGGUCAAGACCAAGGUAGGGGGCCGUGAUCUAUCAUUCAUGAUUGAUACCGGUGCUGAAUUUUCAGUCGUAAAUACACAGGUGGCCCCCACCACCAGACAGACUGUGCCCAUUGCGGGAGCCACUGGGAAAACCGGCCCAAGACCUUUUCUCCAAGAACGCAUUUGUGACUUGGGAACGCAUUUGGUUCAGCACAGAUUCUUAUAUGUUCCUGAAUGCCCUCUCCCUCUGUUGGGUCGUGACCUCCUAUCCAAAUUAAGAGCAGCCAUCUAUUUCGAAGAAGAUGGCCAAGCCAGUGUAGAGUUCCGGGCUAAGCCCGCCGGUGUUCUUGUGCUCACUUGCCCUUUGGAAGAGGAGUGGCGACUCUUCCAAGGAUCCCCAGAGAAAAACCUCACAGAUCAGUGGGCCUCCGUUGUCCCUGGAGUGUGGGCAGAAGACAAUCCACCGGGCUUGGCCCGCCACCAUGCUCCAAUCAUUAUUGAACUUCAGCCAGGUGUGCAGCCUAUUCGUCUGCGGCAGUACCCCAUCCCUUGGAAAGCCAUAGAAGGCAUUCAAAAGCAUUUGGACAGACUAUUGAAAUAUGGCAUCCUCAAAGAGUGCCAGAGCCCUUGGAACACCCCACUGCUCCCAGUUCAAAAGCCUGGAACAGGCGAGUUUAGGCCAUGCCAGGAUUUACGCGCAGUAAACAAAAAGACUGUAACUUUGCACCCGGUGGUGCCAAACCCCUAUGUCUUGUUGGGGUUGGUGCCACAACAGGCGGACUAUUUCUCAGUCUUGGAUCUCAAAGAUGCGUUCUUUUGCCUGCGAAUUGCCCCUGUGAGUCAGCCCAUAUUUGCGUUCCAAUGGCAGGAGCAAAGCACUGGAAGAAAGCUCCAGUACACUUGGACGCGCCUUCCCCAAGGUUUCAAAAACAGCCCUACUCUUUUCUCCAAUGCAUUAGCACAAGACCUGCGGGACUUUGACGCCGUCCCGGGUGAGUGUGUCCUAAUUCAGUAUGCUGAUGACUUGUUAAUAGCUGCCCAAGGACAGGAGCGCUGCUACCAAGCGACCCUCGAACUUUUGGAUUUAUUGUGGAGGGCAGGGUAUAAGGUGUCACGGAAAAAGGCACAGCUGUGCCAAGCCCAAGUGCGGUAUUUGGGGUUCCACGUAUCCCAGGGAACUCGCACAUUGGGCCGUGAAAGGAAAGAGGCUGUUUGCGCCCUGCCAGAGCCCACGUCCAGACGUCAGGUUCGGGAGUUCCUGGGGGCAGCAGGGUUCUGUCGAGUUUGGAUCCCAAAUUUUGCCUUGAUUGCCAAGCCCCUGUACGAAGCUACUAAAGGAGGGGAGCGAGACCCAUUCCUGUGGACUGCUGAGCAGAAAAAUGCUUUUCAAGAACUGAAACGGCUGUUGAUGGAAGCCCCUGCAUUGGGGCUGCCCGAUGUGGAAAAGCCUUUUACCCUUUUCGUUCAUGAACGGCAGGGAGUGGCGAUUGGUGUGCUGACUCAAGCUCUGGGCUCCUGGCAGCGCCCUGUCGCCUACCUCUCAAAGCAACUGGACUCAGUCGCUAAAGGGUGGCCAAGCUGCAUCCGAGCCGUCGCUGCGACAGCAGAACUCAUCAAGGAAGCCGACAAGCUGACCUUAGGGCACGAGCUCGAAGUGCAGGUGCCCCACGCCGUCCUGACCCUGAUGGACUAUAAGGGUAACUAUUGGUUCACAAACAGUCGGAUGACGAAGUACCAGGCCAUGAUGUGUGAGAACCCGCGAAUUCGCUUGACUGUCACGGGAGCUCUGAACCCCGCAUCUUUGCUGCCUAUCAGUGACCAACCUAUUGAGCAUGACUGCAUCCAGACCAUGGAUGAGAUCUACUCCAGCCGUCCCGACUUGACGGACACCCCCUUCUCCGACCCAGAUGUCGAAUACUAUACAGAUGGAAGCAGUUUCAUGCAGGGCGAGCAUCGUUAUGCUGGCUACGCGGUCGUCACAUGCCAGAAAACUGUGGAAGCACGACCCUUGCCGCCAGGAACAUCUGCCCAGAAGGCCGAAUUGAUUGCCCUGACCCGUGCAUUGGAACUGGCAGAAGGAGUGACUGCGAACAUCUACACCGAUUCCAAGUAUGCCUUUUUGACUUUGCACGCCCAUGGAGCAUUGUAUAAGGAAAAAGGACUUAUAAAUGCUGCGGGGAAGGCCAUCCGGUACGGGCCGGAAAUUCUAAAACUAUUAGAGGCCGUUUGGGCCCCACGCAAGGUCGCCGUAAUGCACUGCCGGGCUCAUCAAAAACCCCUUAGUCCCGUAAGUAUGGGAAAUCGGAAAGCAGAUGAGGCUGCCAAAUGGGCAGCAACCCAAGGUGUUGAGAAGGGGCGAGAUGCGUCCGCCUACCCCGUAUUUCAGGUUAAAUUGUCUGAAUGGUGCCCCCGAUAUAGCAAAGCUGAGGAAGCAUGGGCCGAGGCCCAAGGGGCUUCCAAAGCCCGAGUACGGGGGUGGAUCCAGCUACCUGAUAAUAGGUUGGUUGUACCUGAUUCCCUCGCGUGGCCCCUUGUGCUACAAGCUCAUGAUGGAACUCAUUUUGGGAAAACUGCGUUGGCAGAAUUGCUCGAUAGGCAGGUGUAUAUUGCAAAACUGCAUAGUUUAUGUGAAAAAGCUGCCCUUCGUUGUGUUUCUUGUGCCCAAAACAACCCACGACAGGGUCCAAAUCGUCCCCCAGGUAUCCAGCACAUAGGGACAACCCCCUUUGAGUCUAUUAUCACUGAUUUUACAGAAAUGCCUCGAGCAGGCUGUUGGAAAUAUUUACUUGUGUUUGUGUGUACCUACUCUAAUUGGAUUGAAGCUUUUCCGACAAGAACGGAAAAGGCCUCAGAAGUAGUGAAACAUUUAUUAAAGAGCAUACUCCCCUUCUGGGGUCUCCCAGUAACAAUUUCCUCCGAUAACGGACCGGCGUUUGUUCACAAAGUGGUGCAGGAAGUGUCACGGGCGCUGCACAUUAACUGGAAGCUGCACGCAGCCUAUAGACCACAGUCUUCGGGAAAAUGUGAACGAGCAAAUAGGUCUAUAAAAGCUCAGCUUUCUAAAUUAUGCCAAGAGACCAGCCUGAAAUGGCCAGACGCAUUGCCCAUCGCUUUGUUUAGGUUGCGGUGCCUGCCCAAGAAGGAUCUGAAGGUUAGCCCAUAUGAGGUGGUCUUCGGCCGGCCACCACCUAUUGUAAAAGGGAUAAAAGGUGACCCGGCCCAAAUUGGGAAUCUUGUUUGGUUCCAAGAGAUACAGUCAUUGGGGAAAGCAAUGAAUGAUGUAUCUAAAUAUGUGUUAGAGACUCUCCCUUUGCAGGUCCACAAUCCGGUCCACCCGUUCCAACCCGGGGACUCCGUGUGGGUAAAGAUUUGGAGAACCCAGCCGCUCCAGCCACGGUGGAAAGGCCCGUUCACUGUCUUGCUUUCUACCCCAACUGCAGUUAAAGUCCAAGGACUGCCCAGGUGGAUCCAUUGGACACACUUGAAGCGAGCGGCCACUGACUGGCAGGUGCAGCCGGCUCCCGGGGACGGGUUGCGACUGAAGCUCACAAGAAGAAACCGCCCUCUGGACCUCACUCACCGGAAGUAG